AUGGCAGAAGUACAACGGAAGCUGCAGGAACUUUCCGAAAAGUACCAAAGCCUCCAAGCGGAUCUCGGAACCAAAGUUGAGGCACGCCAAAAACUCGAGUCGCAACAACAGGAGAACAGCACCGUCAAGAAGGAAUUCGACAUCCUCGACGACGAUGCCAACAUCUACAAGCAGAUCGGCCCGGUGCUGUUGAAGCAGGACAAGACAGAGGCAGUCAUGGCAGUGAAUGGACGUCUGGAAUUCAUUGACAAGCAGAUGUAA